AUGCUGAAAGUUAUUUUGUGGUUACAAUUUAAAAACUCUAGGUACAAAACAGGAUGGAACGUUCAAGCUAGAGUUCAAAUAAAAAUGCAUGAAAAGGAUAGAGUUUUAAUCCAGUCAAUCCAAAAUUUUUUCGGAGGUAUAGGUUAUGUAUCUAAACUUAAUAAUACUUCAAGCGUAGAGUUUAGAGUUAGUACUUUAAAAGAUCUAGUGGAUGUAAUUCUUCCUCAUUUCGAUAACUAUCCUUUAAUAACCAAAAAACAUUCAGACUAUUUAUUAUUUAAAGAAAUUGUUUUACUUAUGUUAAACAAAGAACAUAAUACUUUAGAAGGUAUACAAAAAAUAGUUAAUAUUAGAGCCUCUAUAAAAACAGGUUUAUCUGAUGAUUUAAAAGAAGCAUUCCCUAUGACUAUUCCAGCUACGCUUAACUUAGAAAGCUUUAUUAAAAAUAAGAACUUACAUCCGGAAUGAGUAGCAGGGUUUUCUACUGGAGAAUCUAACUUUUUUAUUGCUGUUCAAAAAUCUAAGACUAAUAGUGGUUUAUAUACUUCAUUACGUUUUUCAAUAGCUCAACAUUCAAGAGAUCUCUUAUUAUUAGAGAGCUUUGUUGUUUUCUUUGGUGGUGGUUCUGUAAUGAAUUAUAAAAAACGUUCAGUAUCUGAGUUUAUUGUUACAAAAAUUGAUCACAUAGUUGAACAUGUAAUUCCUUUUUUUGAUAAACACCCUAUAUUAGGGUCAAAGCACUUAAAUUUCUUGGAUUUCAAGAGUGCAUCAUAUAUUAUUAAAAAUAAAGAACACCUGAAUAAAGAUGGGCUAGGUUUAAAACAAGUUUUACAGUUAAAAGGAAGAAUUACGUCACUUUACUCAAAUAAGGCUAUGAAUAAUAACAGUGUUUAG